AUGUCAACUGCAAAGGCUGUUAAACUGCCUUUUGCAUCUCAUUUUAAAUUGUCUUUAGAUCAGUCCCCAAAGGAUGAUGAAAGUAGGAAGGAGAUGUCAAAUAUUCCAUGCUCAAGUGCAGUAGGCAGCCUAAUGUGUGGAAUGGUUUGUACAAGACUCGACUUGGCUCAUGGAAUGAGCGUUAUAAGUCGGUUUAUGGCUAACCCAGAAAAGCCCCACUGGUUAGCUGUUAAAUGGAUGUGUAGGUAUCUUAGAGGAUCUAUUGAUUAUGCUUUGUCUUAUAGUGGCGAAAGUCUAGAAGAUCAGCCUAUAAUCCUAGGGUAUGUUGAUGCAGAUUAUGCUGCUGAUAUUGAUAAGAGAAGGUCUACAACAGGCUAUGUGUUUAGGUUAUGGAACUCUACUAUUAGUUGGAAAUCAAGUCUCCAACAUGUGGUAGCAUUAUCAACUACUGAAGUUGAAUACAUAGCCCUUGCAGAUGCAUUUAAAGAGGCUUUGUGGUUAAAAGGAUUAGUAGGAGAGAUUCUAGGUGUAGAUGUUAAGACUACUUUGAUGUGUGAUAGUCAAAGUGCAAUCCAUUUGUCUAAAAACUAA